AUUCUUUUAUAAUGCCAUGCUGAUCAAGAUUAAUUACACAGGUCUCUCUCUCUCUCUACACCAAACCUCUUUAAUUUCAUGCAGACUAGUUUUGUCACCUUCUGGGGGGAUGUUUGUAUCGAUCAAAUUUAAGUACGCAUUUAAGAGUUCCUCUUUGAUCAAACUUCAAGUGAUAUUGAAUACGAGGCCGGCCACAUCUACACCCCCUUGCAUUGAUCUCUCCAUCCGUUUGUCCUCAACGUAUCAGAUUAUUCUCCAGUACUUUCUCCUUAAAUAUUCAACUUGAUUAUAGCAGUUCUUUCCAAUAGCAAGCAGCUUAAUUACUUCUCAAACCAACAAGUUAAGCAGCCAUGGUGAACUCCCAGAGAAACCCAUUUCCUUCAGUCAUAAUCUUUAUCUUCCUGUCCUCUGUUGUUCCUUAUUGUUCACCUGCAGCACUAACAGCCAACCUCACUUCUUGUUUGACUCUUCAUGGCAUUAACAACUUCGCCACAUUCCCCGACGUAGAAGAUGAUCACUCAAAUUACUUUGAGCUCCUCAAUUUUUCAAUUCAGAAUCUCAGGUUCGCAAAGUCCACGAUUCCUAAGCCAAUGGCCAUUAUACUACCGGAGAUUCUGGAGCAGCUACUGAAUACUUUUUUGUGCUCCAGAAAAGAAGGGCCUUGGGAAAUUAGAGUGAGGUGCGGUGGACACAGCUAUGAAGGGACUUCUUAUGUUACCACUGACGAGGUUCCAUUUGUAGUCAUUGACAUGAGGAAUUUGAGCCAUGUUUCGGUGGAUUUGGAAUCCGAAACGGCAUGGGUGGAAGGUGGUGCAACUCUUGGUGAGACGUACUAUGCCAUUGCUAAUUCAAGCAACAGUCAUGGAUUCUCAGCUGGGACAUGUCCAACUGUAGGAAUUGGUGGGCAUAUUGGUGGUGGUGGAUUUGGAUUGUUGUCGAGGAAAUAUGGAGUUGCAGCGGAUAAUGUGGUGGAUGCGCUUCUUAUUGAUGCUAGAGGACGAUUGUUGGACAGGGAAGGCAUGGGAGAGGAAGUUUUUUGGGCAAUUAGAGGAGGUGGUGGGGGUGUUUGGGGGAUUGUCUAUGCUUGGAAAAUCCAGUUGUCGAAAGUGCCAGAGGUUGUGACCAGUUUCAGAGUCCCAAGACCAGGCAGCAAGCUCCAGGUAGCUGAGUUAGUAUACAAGUGGCAAUAUGUUGCCCCCUACUUAGAAGAUGACUUUUAUCUGUCAUGUUUCGUUGGUGCUGGUCUACCACAAAGUGUAGCAACUGGAAUAUCAGCUGCAUUUAAUGGGUUUUAUCUGGGUCCUAGAAGCAAAGCCAUAUCCAUUCUAAAAAUUGUGUUUCCUGAGCUGCAUAUUGAGGAAGAAGAUUGCAUGGAAAUGAGUUGGAUUGAAUCAAUUUUAUUCUUCUCCGGCCUAAGCAAUGGGAGCUCAGUGUCUGACUUGACCGAAAGGUAUCUGCAAGACACAGGAUAUUUCAAGGGCAAAUCAGACUACGUGAGAAUCCAAAUUCCAUUAACGGGCAUAAUGGCGGUCCUGGAUUUACUUGACAAGGAGCCCAAAGGACAAGUCAUCUUAGACCCUUAUGGUGGGUUUAUGCAAAGUGUAAGCAGUGAAUCCAUCCCUUUUCCUCAUAGAGGAGGAAAUCUCUUUUCAAUUCAGUAUCUGGUGACUUGGCAAGAAGAAGAUAAAAACAAAAGCAGCAUGUACAUGGAUUGGAUAAGAGAACUAUAUAAUUUGACGACACCAUUUGUUUCAGCGGGUCCUAGGGCUGCCUAUAUUAAUUACAUGGACCUUGACCUUGGAGAGACCGAACCGGUUAUAAAUACUAGUGUUCCAGUUGGGGAUGCCGUAGAGAAUGCCUGGGUCUGGGGUGAAAAAUACUUCUUGAAUAACUUUAAUAGGUUGGUAAGUGUCAAAACAAGUAUUGAUCCAAACAAUGUCUUCAAAAAUCAGCAAGGUAUUCCUCCAAUGUCCUGUGCCGGUUUCAAAGCUGAGAAAUAAGGAGUACUGAGUUCCUGAAAUGUGAAGUUCUAAAUUAACAACAAAAAACAAAACCGUAUGCUAGUAUCUCACCAUGUUAAAACCACAGACCCCUCUUGAAGUGUUGAUGAUCAUGUUUCUGUGUGAAAGUUUAUGUGAUCAAUAUCUGCAUCACCAUUCUCUGAUUCAAAUAAUACAAGUGCUAUGAUCCAAAGCCUCAAAUUACAAGGACCA